AUGUCUGAAAAAGCUAUUUCGAAACACGCAGACGCUAACACAGGGGUUUUCUGGGACAUCGUGGAUUGCCCAAUCCCUUGUGGUCUCGAGUUCGAUCCUGAUUCCAUCUAUGCCAACAUCAAAUUAGGUCUUGGUGAGUUGUCGACGAUGACGAUCUGGGCUUAUGCUGGGAAGGUCCCAGAAACUAUGUUUAAUGACUAUAAUGAAGUCGGAAUCACCAUGCAACAAGUGAUAGGUGAUCAGUCUGCGCGAGUUGAUCGGAUGAAAGAGGACAUCUAUUCUUUUGCACAUGAGAAUAACUAUCUUUGUAGUAGUUUGAUGGUAAUCGCAAAAGACAUCUUAGAAGACGAGGAAUUCAUCAGAUUUUGUGAUAAUUAUUUGAAGGCGGGGCUCGGUCGUCGAAUUCUUGUGGGAACACAUCAUCAUGAUGCUAUCAGACCAGUAGAGCAUCGUGAACUUGCCCACAUUAGCACAUGCAUUGUACCAGAACCGGAUAACUCUGUCGAAGCAGCAUUGUCCAAAGAACUUGCAUAUGCUAACAUAGGAGUCUACUGGGACAUCAUGGAUUGCCCAAUCCCUAAGGGCCUCAAUCCUGAUUCCAUCUAUGCCAACAUCAGAUUAGGUCUUGGUAUCAUGGGAUAUCAUGGUGAGCUAACAGAUAGUUGGGGUUAUGCUAGCAAGGUCUCGUCGGAUAUGUUUGAUGACUAUGAUGAUGCCGGAAUCUUGAUGGAGGAAUCAACGAAUUCCGAGAGAGCUCAUAAGAUGGCAAAUACCAUUCUUUUGUUUGCACUGGACAAUCCUUAUAAUCCAUCAAAUUUGUUGGUGAUCGCAGAUGACAUGCCACAGAAGCCGGAGCUGAUGAGGGUUCUUCAAGUUUUGAAACAGAGAAACAUCAAUGUUGUGGUAGCACAGCCUGAUAAGCUGGUACCAAUAGAGCUUCAUAAUAUUGCAAGCUGUGUUUGCCUUUCUACGAGCCUAUUAGCUAGAGGAAAGGCUACUCUGUUAGAGGUGAAUCCAGAGAAUAAGAACGUCUUGGAUCCUAGUUUUCUCGAUGACUCUGCAGUGCCCAAAAAACUUAAACUUACCUACGGUAACACAGGGGUCUUCUGGGACACCAAGGAUUGCCCAAACCCUAAUGCUCUAGAGGUAGAUUUCUGUUCGAUCGAUAAGAGUAUCAAAUUAGGUCUUGCUAGUAUGGAUAAAAGUGGUAGUAGGGUGACGUCAAUCUCGGCUUAUGAUGAUGGUGGGAAUAUAAGUGUUUGGAAUGGAGGGACCGACGCCAUAAUGGUUUCACACAAAGGAGAUCGAUUGAAGAGAAUGGCAUUGGACAUUCUUUUGUGGGCACUGGACAAUCGUGUGGGACAAUAUCCGAUUGGUCAUAGACAACCAAAUGUGAUAGUGGUCUCAAAAAACUUGUCAGAAGACGAGGAUUUCGUCAAGACACUGCACUAUUUGAGUGGCAGACAAUGCAAUGUUAUAUUUGGAGUGCCUGAUGAAGUCAAAAUUGUAAGCUUUCUAUGA